AUGGCGACCUCGACGCUCCUCUGCCGCACCGGGUCUCGUCUGGUGCUGCACAGUGCACCCAGCUCGAGGCUUGGUCAGAACGCGUUCCAAAGACUGCAAAACGUUGCAGGGUCUCAAGCAUUCCCUUGCUUAUCCGCCCUUGGUCGCUACUAUGCCUCUAAAUCAUUUCCUCCUCAUACCGUGAUUAGCAUGCCCGCCCUCUCACCCACAAUGACUGCCGGAAACAUCGGAGCCUGGCACAAGAAGGUUGGCGAUACCUUAGCGCCCGGCGACGUCUUGGUGGAGAUCGAAACCGACAAAGCUCAAAUGGACUUUGAGUUCCAAGAAGAAGGUGUCCUUGCAAAAAUACUGAAAGAAUCUGGAGAGAAGGACGUGCCGGUCGGAAAUCCCAUCGCCGUCAUGGUCGAAGAGGGUACAGAUAUCUCAGCCUUUGAAGAAUUCACGCUCGGGGAUGCUGGUGGCGACAAGGAGGCACCGAAAGAGCAGCCUAAACAGGAGGCUUCCGAAGCGUCAGAGAAGCCAGAUUCUGGUUCUGGAACAGCACCCCCUAGCGAGUCCAAAGAGCCUGCUCCGCAAGCCGUGGAAUCUGAUUCUACGGGCGGUCGACUAGAGCCGGUGCUCAACAGAGAACCUAACAUCAGUUUUGCCGCGAAGAAGCUUGCUCUCGAGAAGGGUGUUCCUAUCAAGGACAUCAAGGGUACUGGCCCAGGCGGACGCAUCACGGUUGCAGAUGUGGAGAAAUACAAGCCGUCAGCCGGUGGCGCUCCUGCGGCUGCAGCAGGCCCAAGCUAUGAAGACAUUCCGGCGAGCUCGAUGAGAAAGACGAUUGCCAACAGACUGCGCGAGUCUAUGAACCAAAACCCGCACUACUACGUCUCGGCCACUGUCUCAGUGACAAAACUCCUCAAACUGAGAGAAGCGCUCAAUGCUGCCUCGGAUGGCAAGUACAAGCUCUCUGUCAACGACUUCCUCAUCAAGGCUUGUGCGAUUGCUUGCAAGAAGGUUCCCGCCGUCAACUCAAGCUGGAGAGAACAGGAUGGCCAGGCGUUCAUCCGUCAGCACAAUACCGUUGAUGUCAGUGUUGCCGUCGCGACCCCUGUCGGGCUGAUGACCCCCAUUGUGAAGAAUGCGGACAGCAUUGGUCUCUCGAGUAUCUCCGCCGCAGUCAAGGACCUGGGCAAGCGGGCAAGAGAUGGUAAACUCAAGCCUGAAGAGUACCAGGGCGGCACAUUCACUAUCAGCAAUAUGGGCAUGAACCCUGCUGUUGAGAGAUUUACGGCCGUCAUCAACCCUCCACAAGCAGCCAUUCUGGCCGUUGGUACCACGCGCAAGGUCGCCGUGCCCGUCGAGACAGAAGAGGGGCUCGAAACCGAAUGGGAUGAUCAGAUCGUCGUCACCGGCAGCUUCGACCAUAAGGUUGUUGACGGUGCCGUCGGAGGUGAAUGGAUUCGGGAGUUGAAGAAAGUGAUCGAGAACCCGUUGGAGAUGAUGUUGUAG